CCUGCGCUGCCUGCUGCAGUUUUCAGCAUUUUUCCGUCGGCAUUUUCCGGACGUGCCAAGUUAGUGCUAGGCGGACGACAAACGAGUUCUAACCAUGCCUACGAUCGCGGUACCUAGAGACUUACUCUUUGAAGCACUCGGGAGAACGUACACUGAUGAAGAAUUUGAAGAAUUAUGCUUCGAGUAUGGUCUGGAGCUGGAUGAAAUUACAUCCGAGAAAGCUAUGAUUAGCAAAGAGCAAGGAGCUGAGAAAGCGGAAGGAGCAUCGGAUGUAGUCAUCUACAAGGUGGACAUACCGGCCAACAGGUAUGAUCUGUUGUGUCUUGAAGGCCUGGCCCGUGCCCUAAUGGUCUUCCUACAGAAGAUUGAACAUCCGCGCUACGUCGCUACGCCUCCGGCUGAUGGAAACAUGCAACGCCUUAUCAUCAAACCUGAUACAGCGCGAGUUAGACCGUUUGCGGUGGCAGCCAUCUUGAAGGAUAUAACCUUCACCCCAGAGAGCUACAAGAGUUUCAUUGACCUACAGGACAAACUGCACCACAACAUAGGCCGACGACGAGCUCUGGUUUCCAUGGGAACUCACGACUUGGACACCAUCCAAGGUCCGUUCUACUUUGAUGCUCAGCUGCCGGAGGACAUCAAGUUCAAACCCCUGAACCAGACUAAAGAAUACACUGCUGUUGAGCAGAUGGAACUGUUCUCUACAGUGGGUCACCUCCGCCACUAUCUGCCCAUCAUACGUGACAAACCUGUCUAUCCUCUUAUACAUGACAGCAACAACGUAGUGCUGUCGAUGCCUCCUAUCAUUAACGGCGAGCACUCCAAAAUCACUCUGGACACGAAAAACAUGUUUGUGGAAAUAACGGGGACGGAUCGGAACAAGAUCGAGAUCUCGCUGGACAUUCUGGUCAGCACCUUCAGUCAGUACUGCUCCAAGCCUUUCCAAAUCGAAAGUGUUGAAGUGACUUACCCAGAUGGCUCCAAAACUAUCACGCCCACGUUACGGUACCGCCAUGAGCAACUGCCGGUGAAGCUGAUCAACAGCAGGAUAGGCAUCAAUGAGGAUGCCGAGGCGUUAGCCAAGCUUCUGACCAGAAUGUGUCUGAGCAGCGAAGUCGUCGAAGACAAGAAACAACUCCGAGUAGAGGUCCCCCCAACCAGAGCUGAUGUCAUCCAUGCCUGCGACGUGAUCGAGGACGUGGCCGUGGCGUACGGCUACAACAACCUAGUUGAACGCAUUCCACAAACCAACACCAUCGGAGAGCAGCUCCCCAUCAACAAACUGACGGACCUGCUCAGGCACGAGAUGGCUGCUUCGGGAUUCACUGAAGUCCUGACCUUUGCUCUGUGCUCUAGAGAAGAUAUCUCUGAAAAAAUGAGGAAGGAUAUGUCUACGACGAAUGCUGUCAUCAUCUCCAACCCCAAGACCCUAGAUUUUCAGGUCGCACGCACAUGUCUUCUGCCAGGAGUUCUGAAGACCAUCAGCAACAACCGUAAGAUGCCCUUGCCCAUCAAGGCCUUUGAGAUCUCAGACAUCAUCGUCCAGACUAAAGAAAAGGAUGUAGGGGCUCAGAACCUGCGACAUUUCUGCGCCGUGCACUACAACAAAUUACCGGGCUUCGAGGUCAUCCAUGGAUUACUGGAUCGCACAAUGCAACUUCUUGAAAUUCCCUUCUCUAAGGAAGAUGGCUACCACUUGAAAGCAAUUGAAGAUUCUACCUACUUCCCUGGACGGUGUGCAGACGUGCUCUUGAAGGGCCGGAGUAUCGGACGCAUCGGGGUGCUGCAUCCUGAAGUACUGACCAAGUUUGAAUUGACCAAUCCCUGCGCAGCGCUGGAAAUCACUAUAGAGCCCUUCCUAUGAAGGUCGAAGCCAUUCUAGACUUUACAUUCUCUUAAUUAAGGGUCGUUCUUAUAUAUUGCUUAACGUAUAUGUAUGGUUAUCUGUGGCAGUGUGUAUGGACUCACUUCAGUUGUGGUAGAGGGUGGUUUUGUAAUUAGAAAGGUUUUGCAUGCAAAUGAAUUCGCCUAUGCAUAUGUUUAAAUACCAAUAACGGUUAUUGGCUUAACUAUUGUUACAGGGAUAAAAACAUACAUGCGCCAACUUAGGUACCAUAUGCCCUUGGGUCUCAAAAAUGUGUCAAUGUCUUUGUUAGGAAGGCACUAAAAUAUAAUUACAAUAUAAAAAAUGAGGAUGAUACUUAAUAAUAAUAAUAAUGGAGAUUUGUAACGCGCCAUGUCUGUAACAUAGUGACACUCCUGGCGCA